AUCACGACCCGCCAGCAAUCGCGCCCCUGGGUCCAGGAGGGCUGUUGCCGACGGCCUCAGCAGACACCCGUUCCAUCGUGGACGGCCUCGGCGGCGCAUCCACCCCUGCGUUGGUAGCAGCCUCAAAGGGCGAUAUCAUCUCCGAUGCAAAGCCGACCCCGUCCAAAGAGCCCCAAAAGUACCUGAGCGAGGCAACCCGGCUGCGCUUUGAACGCAUCGUGCAAAUGUACCCGCGUUUCGGCCCUGAAGAGUUCGGCCUUGGAAACGACGACCUGGCUCGGAUCUGCAACUUUGACAACCGCGAAGCCGCCUCUCAGAUCGAGCUUCUCAACGAAGAAUAUGGAGGCGUCGAGGGCAUCGCCUAUCUUCUGAAAUCCAACGUCGAGACCGGAUUGCCCAUCAAGAGCUCCCACGAAACGCGUCUGCGCAUGGGCCAUGAAGACACCAAGCCCGGCCACUACGCCAAAAUCACCCCGGAUGAUGAGGCGCGGGCCGGCAAAGUCGACCUUACCCCGGUCGAUGACGAGGCCAGAAAGAUCCUGUAUGGCAAGAACAUCUCGCCGCCGCCCGCCUCGGCCAGCAUCCUCGAGAUUGUGUGGGAGACGGUCAAAGAGGACCCCAUCCUCAAGAUCCUUCUUGUUGGCGCCGUCGUGGUUCUAUCGCUCGGCACAUCCAUGUGUCCCAGCACCGGUUGGGGCGAGGGCCUGGCCAUCCUCAUAGCCGUCGUCAUCGUCCUCUCUGUCACCGCCGGCAACGACUACAGCAAGGACCGCAAGUUCAAGAAGCUGCUGCUGAUCCAAUCUGACAAGAAAGUCAAAGUCAUCCGCGGCGGGGUCAAAGACCAAAUAUCGUCCUGGGACAUUGUCGUAGGCGACCUGGUGGAAAUCCAGACCGGAGAUGAGAUUCCCGCCGACGGAUUCUUUGUGAGUGGCAACCGGCUCGUCGUGGACGAAUCGCCGCUGACAGGCGAAUCGGCACCCGUCAAGAAAGGGCCCCUUGCGCCAUUCCUGUUCUCUGGUUGCCAAGUGAGCGAGGGCUCUGGCUUGAUGCUCGUUGCUCUUGUUGGUCCGCGCUCGAGCGGCGGGCAGAUCCAGGAACUGCUUAGCGAGGCUCAGAAUCAAGAAACCGUUCUGCAGGAGAAGCUCAAGGUCGUCGCCAUCCUGAUCGGCAAGAUCGGCGUUGCUGCCGGCAUCCUGACCUUUCUUGGGCUAACUACCCGCUGGGCGAUCAACUGGGCAACCGGCCUGCCCACCCACGGGACCUGCGGGUCGGCUUCAACGAGUUAUGCGACCAUCGCCCGCAUCCAAAGCCUGGCCGAGUACUUUGUUAUUGGCAUCACGGUCGUCGUCGUUGCCGUGCCCGAGGGCUUGCCGAUGGCCGUAACGAUCUCGCUUGCAUUCUCCAUGUUCAAGAUGAUGCAGGACAAGUGCUUCGUGCGCCACCUGGACGCAUCAGAGACCAUGGGCGAAGCCACUUGCAUCUGCACCGACAAAACCGGAACCCUCACCGAAAAUCGCAUGACAGUCGUCAAGGUCAUGAUCGGAGACUACACCAUCAACGGCGAGGGCUCGGGCGACGCCAGCGCCGCACCGUUCACAAAGUCAACCUUUUCAUUCCGACUCCGAUCAUUUUUGGCCGAAGCAAUCUCAACCAACUCGACGUGCUUUAUCAAAUACAACGAGGGCACAGGACAGCCCAUCUUUGUGGGACCGGCGACGGAAGGCGCCCUCCUCAUCUUUCUUUCAAAGCUUGGCAUAGACUAUGCCCACAUCCGAGAGCAGACCAAAAAGAUCGACAAUGGCAUCUGGAACUUUUCGUCAGAGCGAAAGAGAAUGUCCACGCUCGUCAAGGCCAACUCCCAGUCUCCCACCGCCUCCAACCGAUUCAAGUAUCGCCUCUACACCAAGGGCGCCUCUGAGAUCAUCUUGGGCCUGUGCACCCACGUCAUGAACUCGGAUGGCACCGACCUGCACGAGAUGGGAUCCGCCGACGUCUCCAAGAUCCAGCGCAACAUCAAGAAAUGGGCCUCCGAGGGCCUGCGCACGCUUGCCCUUGCCUACCGGGACACCGACCAGCACUUGACCACAAUCGAGGGCCAGACCGUCAAGGACGAUCCUGAGCACGACCUCGUGUGGAUAGGGCUCAUCGGCAUCAAGGAUCCUGUCCGCCGCGAGGUCCCUGGAGCUGUCGAACUCUGCCAGAACGCCGGGCUCAAGAUCCGAAUGGUCACCGGCGACAACAUUCUCACGGCCUGCAAAAUCGCCACCGAGUGCGGCAUCCUCUUCAGCGACGGCGUGGCCUUGGAAGGCCCGGUGUUUCGAGCCAUGGCCGAAGAGGAACAGCUCGCCAUCAUUCCUCGCCUGCAGGUGCUUGCCCGGUCUUCGCCGUCGGACAAGCACAGGCUCGUUAGUCUGCUGAAGAAAAUGGGCGAAGUCGUGGCGGUCACUGGCGACGGCACCAACGACGCCCCCGCCCUCAAAGAGGCCGACGUGGGCUUUGCAAUGGGUAUCUCAGGAACACAGAUCGCCAUGAAUGCCUCGGACAUUGUGCUUCUGGAUGACAACUUUGUGUCGCUCGUCCAGUCGAUCAAGUGGGGCCGCAACGUCCUCAACUGCGUGCGCAAGUUCUUACAGUUUCAGCUGUGUGUCAACCUGACCGCCAUCAUUCUCACCUUUGUCGGGUCGGUGACCGUGGGAGAGCCCCCCUUGAGCACCGUCCAGCUGCUGUGGGUCAAUCUCAUCAUGGACUCUCUCGGUGCCCUGGCCUUGGCGACAGACGAGCCCGAGCCCGACAUCCUGGACCAUCCUCCACAUGCCCGAGAUGCCCAUCUGCUCUCGACCGAGAUGAAGCUGUACAUCAUCACCCAAGUGGUCUACCAAACGGUGGUGCUGCUGGUGAUUCUUCUCCAGGGCGACUACAUCUUUGUUCUUGCCACGGUCGAUCCAACCGACACCGACCACCCGGACAUGCACACCAAGACGCUGUGCUUUGCCACGUUCAUCUUUAUGCAGUGCACCAACAUUGUCAUGGCUCGGCAGAUCAAUGGCGAGCUCAACGUCUUCAAGGGAUUCCUGCGCAACCACUACUUCCUGAUCAUCCUGAGCGUCAUCAUCGUCGUCCAGAUCAUCGUUGUGACCUUUGGCUCCACCUUUGUCUCGACAGUGUCGCUCGACGCGGCCGAGUGGGGACUCUGCAUCGGGUUCGGCCUCGGCAACAUGCCCUUCACCUUUGUCGUCCGUGCCCUCACCAAAUUCUACCACUACAUGCAAAACAAAAAGGCCGGCAGUCGGCAAGGCAGCUCCAGCAACCUGCGCGGCGGAAACAGACGCAUCUCGCGCUACAUGCUGAAUGAAGAUCGUCCCACGGAGCUCGGCAAGUCGGGGAGCUACUCGGAGAGAUCGAGGUCCCGCCAGGACGCAUCCUCCAAAGACACCGGCUCGGGCAAACGUCCUGAACCUGUGCAGCGGCAGUCAAGCCGCGGCCUGGUGCGGAAGAAGUCAUUGGCGGUCGAGUGAGACAUCCCCGACACCAAAGAGUCAGCGACCAAAUCGCCGCCAAGGAGGGCCGAUGCAGCCAGAAUCGGUUUGGCCGGCAUCUGGUCGGUCUGCAAGUCCCUGUCGAUCGGCGUCGUUUCCAUCGCUUGUCCACUGGGGCUUCUUGGUGAACGGCAGCUUGAUAAU